AUGGCGGAACAUCUUCCGGUCAGGCCAAAUCCCCUUGGCUGGGGAUCCAUGAAAGGACAUUGGUGGCAGUUUGUAUUCAUUGGAGUCUUGCUGCUCACGAUCACUAUUGGCUCUGCGUCAAUCAUAUAUUCUGGAUCCAGACGCUUAAUCAAAUACUACAAGUCGAGACCGCCAUCAGAUGUGGUAUCCUCGAGCUUCACGCAGCGUCUGAGCAAGUUGGCCAACCGAGAACUCAACCUAGCCGCCAUCCCUCCACGUAAGGGGAAACCUACGAGCUUUGGAGUGUACUUGGGGAGUUUCGAAAAUCCACCCACUGCCUCACAAGAAAGGCUUUUGCAAGAAUGGGAUGUCUUGAUUGUGGAUCCCUUCCAGUCCGGUGUCUCUAAAGCUAUCUCGAGGCAUCAGCGCAGUCAAGUUCUUGGACGCGUUGAUCUCGCCAAAGUUCUUUCUUCCAAAGAAUCCGCCUUGGGGGUCAUUGAAAGAGUCGAAGAGCUCCUCGCCAGCAGCUUCAACGAAACCACCUUUUCCGGUAUAUUAUUGGCCAACUGGGAAGAUGUACUUCGUCCUACCGCACGGAGAAAGCUGCUUGAGACGAUCAGCGACCUCGGCUUGGCAGUAUAUCUCGAAACAGAGGGACCAACCUUCUUGAAAGACCGAAAGGCCGUUCAAAGCGAUGCUGUAGCUGGCCUGGUCAUUCGCAAUGCCAGCAUCAUGCCACAGGGUGAGAAACGCGAUUAUUUCCAAAUGAGCGAGCUACAAGCAACUAUCAAGGCUUUCGUAUCCGAAUCAUGCAUGAGAGACUUCGUGGUUAUGGCCUGGGAAACAGUUGAUGAUGAAGUUACCAUUCCCAAUGCUAUUGUUCGUCGAUCUAUCCAAUGGUGCGGCUUUUACAGCGCCAUCACAUGGAUUGGUCCCGAGUCUGCACUCCAAAAUGCCGACAUCAACGUUUCAACUCUCGAGCCUCUUCCUGCUUUCGGUUGGCUAAAGGAAGCGGAGAUGAUGAAGGCCCAUGAUACCUGGCGUACAAACCUGAAUAUCAUGCCUUCACCGGAUGCAAACGAUGGCUGGGAAUCACUCAAGCCUCUUUUCCCUGGUGUUGAUGCGCUACUGGAUUCGUCAGAAUACAAAUCCAAGGCGCCUGAUAGUCCAACUGCACGACUAUGCGAUCCCCCAGAGUGGGUUGCACAGGUCAAAUCCCAGGGUAGUCCACUUUCGAUCUCGAUGGCCGGAAUGGCUUACAACUCUCUCGGCUGCUUCCCUCUCGGUUCUGACUCCACGCCACUGGCUUUCGCGGAAAUCGUUCAAUCUCAACAACGCCUCAAGUCGCUCAACCUACUCCACCCUGUUCCAGCAACGAAGAUUCAAAGCAUCGGAGCUCUUUUGCGCCAGUUCUAUGACUCUCUGGAUCGCUCUAAGGAUGAAAAUCAUCUGGCGAGUUCGAUCAAGGAACUUGCUCACUGGGCAUCUAACGAUAUGUUACACGUCAACCUUGCGCUCGAUUCUGGUCUGCGAAAAAGCUCCGAUUUCCGUUUCUGGGCCGUUUUCGAAAUGGAGAGUGACGGUAUUGAGAUUUAUGUCUCCAAGAAUGCGCAAGGCCUGGCUGGAACUAUUCUCCACACUUAUCUUUCGGCUAAAGGAUUCCCUCGCCAUGUCUGCUUUGAUGCGGAAGCUACCUUUGCAACCUGGUCGCAGGACGUCUCCCCUGAAACUGGCUUGCCUCGUCGGCUGAGUCAAGAUAUUGAUUGCCUCAGCCCCGAGGAGCGUUUGCUGCUGUUGCAGCAUUUGUCCUUGACUGACGUCCACAGCGAGCUGUCUGAUGCAAUUUGUGCAUACAUCAAUAAACAGCUGGUGGAUUCUCCCUCUUUCGCUCAGUUGAAAGCGCUGAACACGGUUGGGUAUUUGGAAAAUUCAACUUCUCCGGAGGAGUUGAUUCAAUCUCGGAUCGACUGGUAUUUGGAGCAAGGUUGUAGCCAUCCGUCACUGAGCGUCUCUCUUGACCUCUUCCAACAGGCCGACCGCGUUCUUUCUGACAUCUUGAGAUAUCGCCGUGAAGAUGAUCUCGCUGCUGUCACGCAGGGUCUUUGCUCUCUCAUCCAAGGCGGCUCUGUUGACGCAUAUGUGGAUAUGAUGGCACUCGCAUUGUUCUGUGCUGCGAGGAAGGGCGCAUUCGAUGAGAUCUACGCCGAGGUUACGGAUCGAAACCCUCUGUUCAAUAACCAUCCAGACCAAGCCGCCGCUUUCGCCGAGUCUUUUGCCCUUGGAUCCCGCUGUGAGGCAUACUUUGAUGUAUCUCCGAGUGUGUUUGGAAAGCUACUCUCGGGUCGAUUCCGGGCCUACUAUGGAGACCACCAGCCCCCUAACUGGGCCAAUGGCGCUCCUCAACUUGCUACUUCUUAUGCAGGAGCGCAAAUCGAUGUCAAUCCCGAUGAGCAGCCCAAGGUCAUGCGUGGCUACCAGCGUUUUACCUUCCUGAGUGUCUUCGCCAUUCCAGCUUUGAUUGAUAUUAUCCUUCUGACCAUGGUUGGUCGUGGGCUUUAUCUUUCUGCUGCCAUGACUCACGAAGAGCAGGACAGUGCGACCAUGGCGCUUAUGAUCUCAUUGCUUCUCUCUGGUGCAAUUGGUACUUGGAUUGCAUGCGGUGGUCCUUACUAUCUCAUUUCGAUGGCCUUCGCCGCCGCCAACAUGUUUGUUCUCAUCCGCCUGAUCGCCGGUAUUGCCUUUACGGUGGCUGGUGGUCUGAUAGGUUUCGUUGCCAUCUCUGGAGUCCGUGGUCCUCGAGCUGGUAUAAUCUUCUACCUUUACCUGAUUGCUUUGACAAUUUACUUCUCGACCUUCGCCUCUCUUGCAAGCUUCAGCUAUCCUGGCUCUACCUUUUUGUCCGGCCGCAAGUCAAUCAUUUACUGCAUUCCCAUCCUUUUCUUGUCACCAAUCAUCACUACUUGGGCUGGAAACGACUCUGCCAUCUAUCUUGCGGUCAUAUAUCUCUUCAUCGGUGUGCUCUUGCUUUGCCUGCGAAACGUUACCUCCAAGUGGGUUACCUGGUACCAGAAUGUUCGACGCACUGAUGACACUGAGAUCCGCAAAUGGUACAUUUCCGCUCAUGGAAACGAUGAUGAAAAGGUUUUUGCUGGACUCAGUGAUCCUGCUGCUCUCAAGCUGGCUAGAGAAGCCCUGUCGAAAGAGGUCGUGGCUGAGACCAAGCGCGGCAUGUUUUCCAAAGCAUCCAAAGACAAGUUGGUCGUUGAGCUCUCUCAAGACUGGGAAUCCACCAACUUCUUACUCGAUUGGUAUUGUCGCCAUGCAGAUGUGCCUCGCCCUAUUCCAUUCAGCUCCGGCUGGAACAUCCAGACAAAGGUCGCUCUCGACACUUUGCGCAACUCCCAGAAAGGUCUUCGUUUACACAAUGCGUUUGUUCACUGGCGACAGUCUAGCAAGGAGAUCGGCUGCGGAAUCCUCUACUUUGUGAUCGCGCUCCUCGACAAAUGGAUUCAGCUGCUCAGUGGCGACCGCAUUCUCGGUCUCACUGGCGCUGUCAACGACGCUAAUCGAAUGGCUGUUGGCUUUGCCCUCGCCUAUUACUUGAUAGGAGCUGUGCUCAUCGACACCAAGGCUCAGGAACUCCACGAUGCUCUUGGUAGUAAAACACCCAACACUGUCAAGUCUGCGAAAGACAUCCGUUUGGCUCUCAAGAAAGAAGUUCAACUUCGUCGAAAGGUUUACUGGCGAGUUCUGUUCAGAUUCCUCUUGUGGCACGUGUGGAGUCUGGCCCUUGCUACCGCUCUGAUCUGGUCAUUCCAGGAAUCGGUCGAAGGCUUCAUCAUCUUCUUCUCUUAUGUUCUGGCCUAUACCGGUUUGAUCUGGUAUCAAUACACGAAGAUCUUCACUGGCCCCCACGCUCUCAAGCCGCUCAUCGUCGGUAUUUGCGUCGGGUUGCCUGUCGGAAUUGCGCUCAGAGUCUGCUUGCCUUACUUCUUGUACUCUCAAAUUAUCGGUCUUGGAAGUGCUACUUGGACUGUUGCCUUCUUAUCCAUCUGGAAUGCCAAGAUGGGUAUGCCGAAAAAGGUAGACUCGCCAGUUGAGCUUGGCAGGACUUUCCACGCAUUCACCACCCCAUGGUCAGACCCCGAGUGGUCUCAGCAAGAGCUCCAGACUUUCUUCGAAAGUUACUCGCUUCUACCUGCGGAUUCAAGAUUCAGGUUGAAUCCUGCGGUUCACCCUGCUGUUGAGAUCAAGAAGGCCAUGCUGGCUCGCAGAGAAGAGCUCAGAAUCGAGCAGGCUUUCCCAUCCUCAAAUGACAUCGUGAACUCUGCUAUCUCUUCCUGGGAAAAGGGUGAUAUUGUCAUUGACCUGGUCUCUCCUGGUUCUUUGGGCCCCGGUGUUCGUGCGCUGAGUUGCAGCACCGGCAGUCAAUUGAAGCUGGCUAUCACCGUCGGUGGCCUUCUGGACGAGCGCCUCGAUAUCAGCGCAAACUGUCAAGUCAUUGCUGAGACCUUGCUUCAUGCUGUCACUGAAUUGAUGAUGGGCGUUCCUCAUGAAUACGCAUCUCUGGCAGGGUCAAUUGUCUCAGGUGGUGUCACGCACACGAUGGCUCGGCAGCUUCGCGAGGAAUCCAAUACCACUACGGUUGUGCGUUGGGCCAAAAAAGAACUACUUCGUCAGUUGUGCCUUGGAUUCGAGGCAGACCUUCACUGGGAUAAGUUGCCAAGUGAAGUCCGGGAUGUGCUGCUCAAGCGUUGCUUGGGACAACAAUGCAGCCUUUCUAACAGCCAACGACAGUGGCUUCAGAACAAUCUUUGCAACUUCGAUACUGAUGACCUUGAUGUUCAUGUCGCCCGUUGCAACCUCGGUGCAGCUACUGCGAUCAGUGUUUUGGACUACGCUCAUUGGGGAACAGGAGAAGCCGCUCUUCCUAAGGAGCCUGAGACUUCGAAGUACAUUUCUUACGUGCCCCGCAAGCUUCCAAUUGCUUUGUCAAUGAUAAGGUCCCCAGCAAGUUACAUCUACCACAAGUUGGGAACCAUGGUGAAAUUCUUCGUGGUGGCUUUGGUCGCAGAUCCAGAAUUCCAGAGAGAAUUCAACCACGUCACUCAGGACCUCCCAUCGGUCGUCCGGGUGCCUACGGUCUUCUUGAUGAACAUGAUCUGGGUUUAUUCCAAACUUAUGCAAGAUUUCUGUCUAUCAUUCUUCUUGUUCCACGGUCGCCAGAAUGUCAAGCGCCUGUGGGAAGAGACCAAGGGCAUGACGAUCCACAUCAAGAAAAGCCGAGUCAUCGUCCAGAGUCUCGAUGGCACCUUCACGGCAUUCAGGCACCAUGAAAUUGACGGAGGCUUCAAGAUUUAUCACUACGCUGGCGAGCACAAGACCGAGCCCAAGGAUGUCAAGUCUCUCAAGUAUGUCAGUACCUACACCGGUGAAAUGCUGCUUCUCGUCAAGCAGGAAUUCAAGGAUGGAAAGGUCACCAACGAGUACCAUUACGACUACGCCACUCCUGGUAAAAAGGGCUUCAAGCUCGGCAAGAAAUCAUCUUCUCGCAUUCCCCUGGGACGUCGUUGUGUGUCGGGAUCGAACCAUCUGCAAAGUGUUCAGUAUAACCGCAAGGGUCUCAUCGAAUCCGGUUCCUAUAUGAAGGAUGGCAAUCUUAUUCGCUUCAAGUACCACUAUCGCAAGAACCCCCGUUUCGGCGAUGAAUUGUUGCGUGCUGAGUUUGUCUUGUCUCACAUCAGCUGCACAGUAUCUUGGUGUGCGGCUCCACGCCGUCACCCGGAGAAGGUUGAGCGCUGGAUUCCUCACUCUAAGGUCACUGAAGCCAGCUUCGUUCAAGGUGCUGAUGUCUACGAGAGUCGCUGGCUUUAUGAUCACAAGUUCCACCCCACGAUCUUCACCACUAUCAAUGGACAGAAGAUUCAGACUCCGCCUAUGAUUGAACACGAUUACCUCGGUGUCCUGGCCAAACCCAAAUACACCAGCUUUGUGCAUGACAAUCCUUUCUUCUACUGCGACAGCCUCCAAUCAAACCUGCUCACUCGAACUCUGGGGCUUACCAAGAAACGCUUCGUGGUGUCGACUUCCCGUGCUCGCUCGUUGAUGUGGAAAGCAUGGAAAGAUCGCGUGGACUUUGAUGCCAUCAUUGUUCGCUGGAUGGAUGAUCGCAUUCUGCGCAGAGACAAGGUUCUCACCCCUUACUGGCGCAGCCGUGACUGGGGUAAUCUUGGAUCUGCGAAGAAGUAUAUGGAUCUCCGGGCUGAUGCGAUCAUGGCCAGUGCCGACUUGGAUGACAACAUCUCCAGCUGGACACCUCUAGCUGUGAAGAUAACUGACUUGCUCAACUUUGGACCUGGAGGCGAUGCUGUUGUCAACACUCGCUCAAAGAACUUUGGCACCGAUACUGAGAAGACUCUCCACGUCAUGGCAGCCGACAACGGUACUUGGCCCAACGAAGGUGGUGGUGUCUCUGCUUGUCGACGUGAUAUGAUCAAUUCCCUUCGAACUAUCAAGUGGCACAUGAUUUGCGAGUCGGCGAACGACUUUGGUGUUCCUAAGCAUCAAACCGAGCAGAACAUUCAGUCUCUCAAGCUCAUCCCUCUGUGGGGAAUGGACUUCCUUACGCCAACUCACGGUCUUUUCCAUAACAAAUUGGAUGCUGAGGUUGACAACGUAACUUCUGCGAGCGAGUUUGACAUCAAGAUGAACUUCAUUCCCAUUUUGACUGCUCUUGUCAAGGGUGCGCGCGCGGUUCAUUUGUCAAAGUCGGAUAUUCACCAAGCAACACGGGCACUGGUCAACUUGAACACUUACUUCCAAGAGUCCCGUCAUUGGACGCAGGUUUGGAACAGUGAGAUGGUCAAGCAGAGCUGGCGCGAUCUGUGGCUUACCCAAGAAAUGUCCAACACUAUCCCGUCGUCUGAAUGGUUUGAUACAGAACUUCCUACCCUGGCAGCUCUUGAUGUCGCUCUGGAGCUGUGGUACCGAUACCUUUUCAUCUUCUCGAUUCCGGUUCCUGAGAAGAUCCCCUCGACUUUCCAAGCCUCGCACCACAGUGUCAGUGCCUCUUACGGUGUUGUUUGCAAGAUCAAGCGUAAUUGUACCUUGCAAAUUUGGGACCACGCUAUCAGUUGGCGUGAAACCAAUCUUUGCUUGUCUUCCGCUCUCUGCAAGCUUUCGCCCUUCGUUCGAAACUCUCUUCUGGGAUUGAUGCGCAUUACUUCUGUGUUGACUCUUCAUCAUGCCGAUAUCAUUCUUCCUUGUGCCGAUUUCUUCAAUCCCGGUUGGGAAGUCGAGAUCGGUACCUGCCAAGGCACCAUUGAACAUCGCAACACCUUCCGCCGAAAGAUCGAUCCUGUCGUCAACGGUAUCACUGAUAUGCAGAAGUUUGCUCCCGUCAAGGAAAUCAAGUCUGAACGUCCCACCGUGACUAUGUUGUCUCAUGUGUGGUACGCCAAGGACAUCAAGACUGCUCUGCUCGCUGCGGACAUCAUCAUCAACCAGUGGAAGUUUGACGAGUACCAUCUAGACAUCUAUGGUGCUAUCGACAAAGCCCCUACCUACUCAACUGAGUGUCAAGAGAUCAUUGCAUCAAAGGGUCUUCGUGGUAAAGUCACACUUUGUGGAACGGCUGAUCCAAUGAAGGUUUUGGAGAACACAUGGCUCUUCCUGAACUCUUCACUAUCUGAGGGUCUUCCACUUGCGCUGGGAGAAGCUGCUCUGACUGGUGCACCGGUCGUCUGCACGGAUGUCGGUGCUUCGCUGAGAGUGCUCAGCGACCCAGACGACUUCUCUCGCUUCAGUGCUGUCGUGGCACCCAACGACGCUCUUGCUCUUGCGAAGGCUCAGAUCGGUAUGCUUGCAAUGUUGGGCGAAUGGAGCAAGCACAGCGAAGACACCUCGCCUGCUCCAGUCCUCACUUCUGCCCCUACCGCGGAAGAGGUGGCAGCGAUCACGCGUCGCAUGUACGAGAAGAGCGAACACCGUCGCAAGCUCGGCAUGAUGACCCGCAAGAUUGUGCAGAAGUCUUUCAGUGGUGAUCGAUAUCUUCGUGAGCAUGAGCAGAUGCUCUGGAUCGGUAAAUCCGCCAAGCUGAUGGCCAGUCGCGCUGCAGGCGAGCCUAUCGAGCCCGCCGACGUGGCGGCUGCUAUUGAAACCGGUGUCGAUGAGGAGAUCAUCACGAUCCCCCGCGGCGCUGUGCAUUCGUGGCGUUCCUCUGCCCAGUCUGGCAUCUCCACACUUUACAGCUCCGCGUCUCUGAUGCCUGGUCGUGGGGGUCACAACCGUCCCAUGUCGGAUGUUUCCUUGAUGAGCAUGAGCAACAUUUCCACCGACACCGAGUCUUUCGCUCGCUUGCCAGUGUUUGCACCAAGGCAGUCCAUGAUCUCGACUUCGAACUACAGACUGCCUGUGCCUAGUCCCCGUCCACACUCUCACUCCCGCGCUGGAUCUUACACACGCUCUGUCUCAACCGCCGGUCGGGAACAGCUGCGUGGUCUGCAACGUGAGGACUUCGCUCCAUACCGGAACUCGGAUGUCAGCCUUGCCAACAGAGAAGACUUCAUGAAAGCUGGUGGGCUUAUUCCCGGUGGUUAG